UCCGGAUUCGAGUGACCCCUCUCAUAUAACAUUUGUUGAUGUUCGCAUACACAAUUCUAUUGACUUCCCAAAGAUUUCUACAAUCUAAUUGUUCAAAAUGCCAGACCUUUCAAUCCUCAAAACUCCCGCCCCAUACCACAUCAUAACGUGUGUACCCCUCCACCCCCUCGGCAGCACUCUAACAUUCUUCCCUCUAGCUAUGGAACACUCUUCGGCACCCAAUUUUUCCAAUCCUUUAUCAACGGCAUCGUAGCCUUCAGAUCACUUCCUCGAGCCCAAUUUUCCGUUCUCCAACAAAAUCUCUUCCCAAUUUACUUUGGUAUACAAACUGCGCUCCCAGCCGUCCUAGCUAUCACUUACCCGGGCUCACACACACAUCUUGGGACUGUUUCCGGGAUUUCCGGAACGCUUGCCGAGGUCAAUAGAUGGAGCGUAUUGGUGCCAUUGGCUACGAUGUUUGUGACAGGAUUGGCUAAUAUGGUGGUUAUUGGGCCUGCUACCACGAGGCUUAUGAAGGAGAGGAAGCAUCAGGGUAGGUUUUUUUCCUGAGCGAAUUUCGGGCACAGGCUAGAGGAUGUUGGAAGGGAAGUUUGAAGAAAUGAAUAUGAAAGUGAGGCUAAUCAUCAUAUUUACAGAAACAAAAGACGGGAAGAAAUCCUAUGAUGCAGCACCUCAUUCAAAAGAGAUGCAAAGGUUAAACAAGGCAUUUGGGAAAAUGCAUGGGGUUUCCUCGUUGGUGAACUUGGUAUCUUUCCUUGCUACAAUGUGGUAUGGUGUCUCACUUGCAGAGAGAUUGCAAUAGAUGAAUAUGCAAUUAUCAGCAUUAGGCCCGUGGGUGGAUGAGCCAAAUUUGAUUUGUAGCUUUGCACACAAGAGCGCUUGUAAAUAGCUGGAAGUGAGGUGAAGAAAAACAUUGAGCACUAAAGAAUGUUAGAAGCUGCCGAAUUAACAUAGUGAUUGCCU